UUUCUACUUCUUCCUCAUCCCUCAUUCCCGCCAUUGACAUCUCUUCAUUCCAUCGCUUUUCUUUUGUUCAUUUAAAGGAAUCAAUUGUCUGUGUUACCGUCUUGUCAGACCUUCCUGUUUCUUAGCCCGUACCUGUUACAUCAUCACACUCCCCCCCCCCUCUAUUUCUGAUCUGACCUUCACAUAACCCACACAUCUCUCUCACACACACACUCUCUCUCCCCCACUCACACAUACAACUAUAUCUAAUGUCUGCCCUUCGCUUCCCCGACUUGGCCCCCUCAGAGCCCCAGGGCAGCGAUCUCCUCGCCCAGGAGCGCGCAAAGACCACCUUCUCCGUCCACGAUCUGUCCAACUACCUCUAUGGUGAGGAAUACCUCCAGCGUCAGGAAAAGAUGCUGACCCUGAUCGAGAACGAGCCCGCCUUCGACAAGUCGGACCGCUACUUCCUCGGCCGCACCGAGCGCUUUGCCGGUGCCCUGAGGAAGGACUACGCGCUCGUCAAGCUGUCACAGGAGCAAGGAUGGACCCCAGAAGAAUUCCAGCAGGCCGAUAUUCUCAUUGACGAGCCCGGUCCAUUUGGUCUGCACCGUGGUAUGUUCAUGCCCACGCUCGUCUCCCAGGGCACAGAGGAGCAGCAGGAGAAGUUCUUGAAGCCCGCUCUUAGAUACGAAAUCAUUGGCUGCUAUGCCCAGACCGAGAUCGGACACGGAUCCAACGUCCAGGGCAUCGAGACCACAGCAACCUACAUCCCCGAGACGGACGAGUUUGAGAUCCACACUCCUUACCUGACUGCGAGCAAGUGGUGGAUCGGAGGACUUGGCAAGGCUGCCAACCAUGCCGUCGUCAUGGCUCGCUUGAUCACUGCUGGCAAGGACUUCGGCCCUCACGCUUUCUGCGUCCCCAUUCGCUCCAUGGAGGACCAUACCUUGCUCCCCGGUGUCAUGGCUGGAGAUAUUGGUCCCAAGUUUGGUUACAACACUACCGAUAACGGCUGCAUGUGGUUCGAUCACUACCGUGUCCCUCGCAUCUCGCUCUUGGCUAAGUAUUCGAGCAUCAAGCCCGGCUCGGGCGAGUACGUCAAGCCCCCCAACUCAAAGCUGUCGUACGGUACCAUGGUUCUCAUUCGCGCCUCCUUGGUCGGAUAUGCCCGCAUCGGACUCGCCAGGGCCGUGACGAUUGCCACCCGCUACUCGGCGAUCCGUCGCCAGUUCGUUGACAAGGAUUCGCCAAAGAAGAUGGGCAAGCAGGUGAUCGAGACCCCUGUCCUCGACUACUCGAUGCAGCAAUACCGCCUCUUCCCCAUCAUCGCCGCCGCAUACGCCUGCCACUUCACCAGCAAGGAGAUGAUGCGUCUUUACUACCUGAACAUCAAGAACAUGGCCUCUGGCAACUUCUCGCUCUUGGCCGAUGUCCACGCCUCCAGCUCAGGACUCAAGUCGCUCACCACAACCAUGGCCGCGGCUUCGAUCGAGGAGUGCAGACGUGCCUGCGGUGGUCACGGUUUCUCGUCCUUCUCAGGUCUUCCUCUGCUGUUGCAGGACUAUGCUCCCAACGUCACCUGGGAGGGCGACAACUACAUGAUCACACAGCAGACUGGUCGCUACCUGUUCAAGUCCUUCCGUGACCUCAUCGCCAAGCGCGCCUCGGGCAAGUUCAACGCUAGCUCGAUCACCAACCCCACGCUCGCCUACCUCAACACCUACCUCGACAACCCCAACCUCAAAUGCCCCGCCACUAGCCCUGCUCAGUUCCAUAAUCCCGAGAUCCAGCUGGCCGCAUACGGUCACCGCGCCGCCCACAUGAUUGCUGAGGUCGUCCACGGCCUUGAUGUUGAGAAGCGCUCAUGGAACUCUAUGUUGGUCGAUAUCUAUAACGCCUCGGUUGCUCAUUGCCAGUUGAUCCUCGUCCAGAACUUCAUCCUCGGUAUCCGUGGCGAUAUGCCCCAGCCCGAGGGUGUUGCCGCCCUUGCUCUCUCGCCCACUGCGAAGGAGGCCCUCACAGAUCUGUCGGAUCUGUUUGCACUCCAUCAGAUCCACAAGCAGCCUGGCGAGUUCUUGACCUCGGGCUAUAUCGAUGCCAAGCAGGUGUCGAUGAUGGGUAAGGCGAUCAUGGAUGUGAUGGAGCACAAGAUCCGUCCCAAUGCGGUUGGUUUGGUCGAUGCGUUUGCGUUCCCAGAUUACUACCUCAACAGUGCAUUGGGUCGCUUUGACGGAAAGGUGUAUGAGGCCUACACGGAGAUGGCAACGAGGGAACCGAUCAACCAGACAGAGGUUGUUGAUGGUUAUGAGAAGUACAUCAAGCCCUUCACGAACCCUCUUGGAAAGCAGGGCAAGACUAUCCAGGCGCGUCUGUAAAGAAAAAAAAAAAAAAACGCCUUUUUCUUUUCUUUUCUUUUCUUUUGUAAAAAAUAAUCCGAUCAUAGACAAAUACAGCGCAUAGACUAGCAAUAGAACUUCAAAAACAUACCACC